AGCGUCAUGCUACCGGAAAGGCCAUUGUGUUGUCUCUUUUGUGAGCUAACGCACCGACUGUGUUGCGCUUUUCUCCCAACAUAUUUCUCAGCUGCAGCAGGGUGAAACAUGUCCACAGACAUGCCGCCGGGCAGCCUCAACCUGGAGUCCCAGCUUUUGUCCAUCAUGGACGUGCUGGUGAAAGCGGCGGUGACCGAAAUCAGUCAGCUGUUCUCGGAGAGCUCGGCGUCUCUCCGUCUGCAUUUAACCCAGAGCCUGAAGGAAAACGAAGCCCUGAGGAUGAGGAUGAAGGUGAUGAGGAGUGAGGUCUUCUCCCUCAGACUGCAGACCAGGACGAACCGACCGGCCAGCCGCUUUUCCCCGAUCAGAGGAAACAUCCCCAAACCACGAGCCAAAUCCCAAGUUGUCAUAAAGCCACCAGUGGCCCAAAAGACUGUCAGGGAAGCUGCUUCUGUUUCUCUACAAUCAGACAACACGACCUCCUCUGCCACUCAAGUGAAGUGUGCAGAUGUGGAGAGUCCAGAUGUGAUCCUGAUCAAAGAUGAAGACGACGUUGGAGGAUGUGGGCCAGCCGAUGGUCAGGAUGAUUAUGGAAACCAUAAUACGCAGGGUGGUGUUGACACAGGGAUUCAGAAUCUAGAGUCCUCCUGCCUGACAGGUAAUCACGAGGAGCUGAGAAUCGUGAGCGUUCACGGACGAGGGGAAGGGCCUCUGCAGGAGGCGGGCGACACCCUCUUCACCGCCUCUGAACUCCAGGCUUUCAGCUCUCUGUCCCCAGAGCAUGACGUCACCCACGACAGUCUCCUGAACUUCACCACCGGUGCCACUGACAGGGCCCCGAUGAGAGUGAUGCAGGAUAACAGUGUUGGACUGGCGAGAAAUCAUUCCACCCAAAUGUCUUCAACAGCGCUGAAAAUACCCGUAGCAGUAGCUGAUGAUCAUGUGGGGCACCCCAGUCAUGUUGGCCAGUUCCCCCAGCAGCAGAACGUCUUCCCCCACACCGUCAACAAAUCCCUGGACUGCAGCUUCUGUGGCGAGCGCUUCCUCAGCCGCGAAGACCUAAUUGUACACCGGGCGACUCACACCGGGGAGUCGCCCAUUCCUUGUUCCUAUUGCGGCAAGUCAUUUGUCAACAAGACCACGCUGACCAUCCACAUGCGCAUUCACACCGGGGAGAAGCCGUACGCUUGUAUGCAGUGCGGGAAACGCUUCACGCAAAACGGCAGCCUGAAGAUUCACCUGAGGACUCACUCCGGAGAGAAGCCGUACACCUGCAACCAGUGCACCGCCAGCUUCAACAACCCCAGCAACCUGCGCAGGCACAUGAUCACACACACCAAUGGAGUGCUCUGACCAGGAAAGAUACAGACGUUUUUACAGCAUGUUACUUUUACUGACAUUUGUGCCACAGUAUGUAUUUGUGUUUCUACCUUUGCCACCGCACAAGGAGCUUCUCAUGGGUCAAAGUACGCCGACGUAUAUAAUCGAUGGACUGUUGUGGUUCAAAGUAAGGAAGCAUGAUCUCUGUUCAAUGUGACGUGCGUUCUUUUUUAACUUAAAACCAGCAAUUGGGAAAACAACUUUAAAAACUAAAAUGCCUUUUUAUUUUCUUCCCUGGCUCGAGGGACUGCUAGUGUGAAUAUUUUAUAUCCUGGCUGAAAAGCAGACAAACUUUGAUGCCUCUCGUUAUGCCAAAAUAUAAUAUACAGUACCUUCGCUGAAAUUUGGUAAAUGCUCCUGACACAACAAACUCUGCCUAUUAUACAACUAAAAUAAAUAAGUUGUCACCUUGACUUAUGGGAAUCUUAUGUGCAGGGCGGGGAGGGGACGUGGAUGGCUACAUUAAAGUAAACAGCUAGGGAUAGCAAUAAUUAAAUGUAUUGUGUCACAAAAUUAAUGUAUUGUGUUAUAGUAAAUACUCAACAAAGAGAUUUUCUAUAAUGUGUGAGAAACCGUUUAUAUGAAUGUCUGGAUUUGGCUAAUCCAAUUAAUUAACUGCCUGACAACUUAAAGGUCCCCUGUGUAGGAUUUAGUGGUAUUUAGUGGUGUAGUUGCACAUUGAAAAACUACAGUGGCCAAGAUCUAGAGCCAGUGUUUGGUUUAUCUGUUCUGAACUACUUUAGAAACAUUUGAGCAGUUCGGCAUGUCGGCCUCUGUGGAAUUGACCUGCGGCGUCUGUAGAUAUAAACGUCUCACUAUUCUUAUAUUCAGGUGAUUAUACACUAAUGAAAACAUAAUUAUACACAAUAUUAUAUUCCAUUUCUAAAAAUAGAUCCUCCUAUAUGUUACACACUGGACCUUUAAGCUAUUCACAUUAAAGUAUCACAUUGAUGCAACUGUCCUGUCUGAUGUUUCCACAAAAGCAGUACUGACUGAACUUUACAAUUUACUGAGAAUUAAUAAAGUUUGGUUUACUUUAUAUUGAGCUGCAUACCUUACGGAGAGCGCGUUUUAAUUUCAUUUGUGUAUGUGUGUGUUUCAUUUAGAAAGCAAACUACCUCCAAUAUUAUCUCUGUUGCAGCUUCCUCGUUUUGUACUUCCCUGAUAGUUUCAGACUAGGCAAUAAUACAUUUCAUGUGGAUUCUGUCUGUGUUUUGUAAUCUGGAUAUGAAAAUUGUGAAUAAA